CCACCUCAGAAUUGUGGUCUUGGAGUCGCCCACGUCGUAUCGUCCUUGAUUGGUCGUGCCAUCGAGGCCGUUGUGCGUCUGGAGAGCCUCGCGUGUCGAAGCCUUUGGUCCCGACAAACGGAACACCCUUCUACUUAAACAUGGCGUCCCCCGCUGGCUCGUCGACUGACGAUGUCUUGGAAGAGCUCAACCUCUACCGUGCGAUCUUGCAGAGCUUAGACGAACAACGGCCUGAUGCCGUGGACGAGAGGCAAGAAACUGUGGUUAUUAUCAACGCAUUAGAAUCAAGGCUUUCCCACCUACGCGGAGACCCUACGAACGGCUCGCUCGGCCGCCCUCAAUCGUCGGACGAGAAUAGUGAAAAUUCAACGCUGUCUGGGGCGCAGCUAGACGGCCCUGGAAUUAUUUACGGAACGAGUCCAUCGAGUCCUUCGCCCUCCUCAUCCGCUUCGCCUCCUCCCUCCUCCCGAUCUCAAUCUCAUCCACCCCCCGGCCGGUAUAUGCUCUCGAAAAUGCCCCCAGUACAAAAACGCCAGCGUUUCGUCGACGAUGGAGAUGAUCCUAGCUUGGAAGAUGACCUGAGACAGCCUCCGUCUAAGCGAGCUUACGAAACUGCGCUUGCGUCGACUCGCCCAUCGUCAUCCACCCAGGGCAGCACGCAAGCGGAGUCGGAUAAUGAGUUUGAAAAUGCGGAAGACGUGGAUGAACUUUUGCGCAUUUUUGGGGUCGACAAUCAAGACCAUCUCCGCUUCCUUAGAGAGGAACAGAGAGAAGCCGAGAAAUGGCUCAAAGAACGGAAGGAACAAGAGCGUCGCGAUGCGGAGUUCGCUCGCUCGCUUAUGGGCGCUCCCGAGCCUGCGCACCCAUUGUCGCAUCCUGCAUUUUCAUCUAUCCGUCAGUCCAGGACGUCUUUUCCCGUACGCGCCGCACCCUUUCCCACGCGUCAGGGACAUACAGAGGAGGCCCCGCAACAAAGUUCAAGAUUUCCGAAAUCCGCCCCAGUUCUUGUCAUUGAUAGCGAUGAUAGCGAUGUCGCUGAGAUCCCAGCUGAAAAUUUUGCACACCCUGGACCUAGCGGGAUCGCUCGUUCUUACCCCGUUUAUGGCUCUAGGAUGUACCAGAACCCUACGGAGAGACUCAAAGCCGGGAGAGAGUUUUUAGCAAAUGCAAGGAAUUCUCAUGAUCCUUUGGGACAUAUCGUCACAGAUUUCAUUCCCGACAGGUUUGAUGACCCUUGGAGCUAUGUCAGUGAGCCCGGAGCUGAUCCGGCACAGCUAAACAAAGAAAUCAAGCAACUACUUGAAACCAUCCGCCCUGAUUCUGACAUCUCUCUGAAAGACCGACAAGGGACCCCCGAAGCCUUAAAAUGUACCCUGUUGGAACACCAGACGCUAGGAUUGGCCUGGAUGAAGUCGAUGGAGGAGCAAGAACAGAAAGGUGGCAUUCUUGCCGAUGAUAUGGGGCUGGGAAAGACCAUUCAGGCGAUAUCUCUUAUUGUCUCUCGCCAGUCGACUGAUCCGGAGAGGAAGACAACAUUGAUUAUCGCUCCUGUUGCGUUAUUACAACAGUGGAAGCGGGAAAUCGAGAAGAUGCUUCGACCCAAAUACCAACUCAAGGUCUAUAUUCUACACGGUGAGAAGCGAGGGGCAACCUUCAGGGACCUUAAAUGUUAUGAUGUUGUUUUGACUACCUUUGGCACCCUGUCGUCGGAGCUGAAGCGUGUAGAGAAGUACGAGGAACUCCUUAAGUCGGGUGCGGAAGAGCCGACACUGACUAGUCAAUACCUGAAGUCACUACCUUGUCUCGGGCCUACCAGCAAGUGGUAUCGUGUUAUCAUCGAUGAAGCUCAAUGCAUCAAGAAUAGGAAUACCAAGUCGGCCAUGGCGUGUUGCCGUAUCGACUCCACCUACCGUUGGUGCAUGAGUGGAACCCCAAUGAUGAAUAGUGUGGAGGAAUUGCACUCACUGUUGAAGUUUUUGCGUAUUCGCCCUUACUGUGGCCUUGAUCAGUUUAAUCGGGACUUUACGCGGCCGCUCCAAGGGGGCAAUGUACGUCUGCAGGAGAAAGCAAUGACGCAACUUCGAGUUUUGUUGAAGGCGGUUCUCUUACGACGAACGAAGGAUUCAAAGAAGAUAGAUGGCAACCCUAUUCUAGAACUCCCUGCCCGCAUCUCUGAAAAGGUACACGCAGCUUUCAGCGAGGACGAGCUCGAAUUAUACACUGCGCUUGAGACCCGAACCCAACUACAAUUCAAUAAGUAUCUGCAAUCUGGUACUGUGGGGCGCAAUUAUUCCAACAUUCUCGUCCUCCUCCUCCGUCUUCGACAGGCAUGCUGUCACCCGCACCUGAUUUCCGACAUGAGUGUCAAACUUAACGAGAACACGAAUGAGCUAGAUCUUACCGCCAAUGCAAAGCUAUUCAGGGAGAAUGUUAUUAUUCGCCUCAAAGAUAACGCCGACCUCGAGUGCCCUAUCUGCAUGGAUGCAGUGGAUAAUCCGAUAAUUUUCUUUCCGUGUGGCCAUAGCACAUGUGCCGAAUGUUUUGCGAGGAUCUCAGAUCCAGCCCUUGCCCUGAGACAGGGGGUUGACGGCACGCCGGAGGUGAAAUGCCCCAACUGUCGUGGCAUAGUUGACACCAAGAAAAUCACCGAUCAUGUCACCUUUCGAAAAGUUCACUAUCCUGAUUCAUCGGCUGACUCGACGGAGCUGCUAUCCCAGCCGGCUGCCAAUGAUAAUGAUGAUGAUGAGAGUGACAGCAGUGAGGAUGAUGAAGAUGACAGCUUGUCACGCUUCCUUAGGGAUGACAGUGAGGAUGAAAGUUCAUCUAAACAGUUGAAAAGAAAACGGAAAGGCAAGGGGAAAAAGCCCCAGAAGACUAAGAAAACCCUUGCGGUACUCAAGAAGGAAGCAAUGAAGAACCAAACUGCGAAACGCAAGUACCUGCGUCGUCUGGAGAAAAGCUGGAUCACAAGCGCGAAGAUCGAGAAGACCAUGGAAAUCCUGCGAGACAUUGAGCACGACGAAGGCAGCGGGAAGACGAUUAUAUUCAGCCAGUUUACUUCCCUUCUUGACUUGCUUGAGGUCCCCAUUGCACGUGAAGGAUUUCAUUAUCGACGCUAUGACGGGAGUAUGAAGGUUGGGGACAGGAAUUCGGCGGUGCUCGACUUUACCGACGACCCUGAGUGCCGGGUUAUGUUGGUGUCCUUGAAAGCUGGCAAUUCCGGGUUGAAUCUUGUCGCAGCCUCCCAUGUGAUUCUUUUCGAUCCGUUCUGGAAUCCAUAUAUUGAGGAGCAGGCAAUUGACCGGGCUCAUCGCAUUGGGCAAACCCGCGAGGUACACAUCCACCGAAUUCUAGUACCAAACACUGUGGAGGACCGCAUCCUGGAGCUUCAAGAUAAGAAGCGCCAGCUCAUCGAAGGUGCAUUGGAUGAAAACGCUUCAAAAAGUAUUUCCAGGCUUAGUACCACCGAAUUACGUUAUCUAUUUGGCAUCCGGUAAAAUUAGCCAUCCCACUUUACAUAUGCUAUGCUACUCCUCCUACGACCCGGCGUUAGCGGAUUUCUGGGAUUUUUUUUUUGUACACAAGAGUUUCCUUAGAUACCCAAGACUUUGAUUUUACCCUCUCCUUUUUUGAAUGGUUGCCCGGGAUUUAUUUAACCUUUGUUGUGUUUUACUACUUUGCCAAUUCGACUUCAUGCUUUUAGUUUCAGUCAACAGUAUCUGCCUUCUUCGACUGUUCCCCCCUUGCCGGUUCUCGGGCUACUUAUUCACCUUGUGCAAGCGUUUUCUUAGCGGAUUUACCUCGAUAUUGCAUGAGACAUGACAUGCUUCGUUUUCAUGAGGAUAGAUAAAAAUAAAUGAUGGUUUACAG